CUGUAAAGCGGGGUCCCACUCCCACCCUCGCUUUGGAAGGAAGUCUGGGCCUUCCUCUCUUCCUCCUCCCCUCGGAGAGCGACGGACGGAGGGAAGGGGGGGGAGGGUUUACCCGGCACACGCGAAGCAGUUUGGAUUCUAAGAGGAGGGGGAAGAAGAGGAGGAGGAGGAGGAGGAGCUGGACGAAAGUGGUGCCCGUCUCGGUGCGGGUUUGGCUGCUCUAAGUUCCUCUUCCAGGCGCGCUGCUGCUGCUGGUCUUAUGAAAGACUGUGUCAUCGCGCCUCACUGGGGCGAGAGCAGGGGAGGAAAAUCCCUGCCAGCCAAAUUUGGCGGAGGAGGAGGAGGAGGAGGAGGAGGACUUCGACCACGGCGAGGGACAGAAGAAAUGCCAUCUUCAGUGAUUUGUGGCGCCUGCUGAAACAGGCGACCCAGCCAAGCCCGGCUGCCAGGCGCAGUCUAAAGCUACACAACUCCGGACUGGCUGAGCUCGAAAUGCCACCCAAGGCGCGUCGCCUUUCCCGGCUCGGCGCGUAAACGGCCCCAGUCCUCGCUCCCCCUCCCCCCGGCCGCCUUUUCCCGCUUGGCUCUCCCUCUCUCUAAAAUGACGAUCGGCUCGGAAACCUCAUCAUGGCCAACGGGACGGGGGCGGCGGCGACAGUCAUGCUGAAGUGCGUGGUGAUCGGCGACGGAGCGGUGGGCAAAACUUGCCUGCUCAUGAGCUAUGCCAACGACGCGUUCCCGGAGGAGUACGUGCCCACAGUCUUUGACCAUUACGCAGUCAGUGUGACAGUUGGGGGCAAGCAAUAUCUUCUCGGUCUAUAUGACACUGCCGGACAGGAAGACUAUGAUCGCCUCAGGCCGCUGUCAUACCCCAUGACUGAUGUUUUCCUCAUCUGUUUCUCUGUGGUAAAUCCGGCUUCUUUUCAGAAUGUGAAAGAGGAAUGGGUACCAGAACUGAAAGAAUAUGCACCAAAUGUACCUUAUUUAUUGGUUGGAACCCAGAUUGAUCUUCGUGAUGAUCCUAAAACAUUAGCAAGGCUAAAUGACAUGAAAGAAAAGCCAAUAUCUAUGGAGCAGGGCCAGAAGUUAGCAAAAGAGAUAGGAGCCUAUUGCUAUGUGGAGUGCUCAGCUUUAACACAGAAAGGAUUGAAGACUGUUUUUGAUGAAGCCAUUAUAGCCAUUCUAACUCCAAAGAAACACACAAUGAAAAAGAGAAUAGGCUCAAGAUGCAUUAAUUGCUGCCUGAUCACAUGAAAGCUGCUGGGACAAUGGCCACGCAUACUGUGAAACUUCUGACACUGUGCAAAUAUACACUUCAAGACAGCAACACCUUAUUA